AGAGAGAGAGAGAGGUGAUCAUAAAUCAUAGCCUGAUCUGAGUUUUCUACUUCUGAACCAACUUCACAAUCUAACUCGAAGCAUUACUCGAGGCCUUUUCUGGGUUUGAGUGUGCCGAUGGUUUCGAAGUAAAAUCCAAGAUCAAAAUAAGAUUUUGGUUUCAUCAAGUCCACCAAAAGCUUCUUCUUCGUUUCUUUUCUUUCUGGGGUUUUAAGAAACUGCAGAGACCAAAUGGCCGACAAUACAUUAAACAGGUGGGCUACACGGUUGAUAGUGAUCCUGAUUUUAGUCUCAACCUCCAUUUCAGCUCAUCAAAACCGAAACCAGGCAUCAAGUUCAACAAGCAACGAGAUGAAGAAGGAGGUUGAAGCUAAUUUUAUUCUUGAGAAAGUAUUCAACUUGUCACCAUCACGGUUGGGAUACCAACACACAUGGCCUGAAAUGAAAUUUGGAUGGAGAAUUGUGGUAGGAACCAUAGUAGGGUUCCUAGGAGCAGCGUUUGGAACGGUUGGUGGAGUUGGUGGGGGAGGCAUAUUCGUGCCAAUGCUUAAAUUGAUUAUUGGAUUUGAUGCAAAAUCAGCUACUGCUAUCUCUAAAUGCAUGAUAACGGGAGGAGCAGGAGCAACAGUGUUUUACAAUCUGAAGCAAAGACACCCAACAAAGGAACUGCCUAUGAUAGACUAUGAUUUGGCUCUUCUUUUUCAGCCAAUGUUGGUGCUUGGAAUCAGCCUUGGAGUUAUUUUGAAUGUCAUUUUAGCUGAGUGGAUGAUUGCUGUUUUGUUAAUUAUCAUUUUCCUUGUCAUUUCAACUAAAGCUUUCUUUAAGGGUGUUGAGACCUGGAAAAAAGAAACCAUUCUUAAGAAGGAGACUGCUGCUAGACAGGCGCUAUUAUUGAAUGAGAGUACUGAGAGGAAUGAAGAGGGAGGAUAUGAGGCCCUUCCAUCAUCAGGUUCAAGCAAUGAAGAUCCCAGAGAAACCACAGAAUCAAAGAAAGAAACGGUUCCUAUUAUGAAGAACGUUCGAUGGAAGGAACUAGCACUUCUUUUCGCUGUUUGGGCCAUCAUACUCGCCAUACAAAUUGGAAAAAAUUACACUGUAACGUGUUCGGCGGCAUAUUGGGUAUUGAAUGUGCUACAGAUACCAGUGGCGGUGUCAGUGACAUCAUACCAGGCAGUGUUACUGUACAAAGGGAAGAGAGCAAUAGAAUCAAACGAAGGUCCCCAACCAGAAUGGACAGCUCAUCAACUAAUCUUCUGUUGUGCCCUUGGCCUUGCUGCUGGCAUUGUUGGUGGCUUGCUUGGCCUUGGUGGUGGCUUCAUUCUUGGCCCUCUUUUCAUUGACCUUGGAAUCAAUCCUCAGGUAUCAAGUGCCACAUCCACUUUUGCCAUGACAUUUUCUGCAUCAAUGUCAGUGGUGGAAUAUUACCUCCUAAAACGUUUUCCUAUUCCUUACACUCUUUAUUUUGUGGGUAUAGCCAUUGUAGCUGCAGUUUUGGGACAAUAUUUGGUGAAAAAGCUCAUAGUAGUAUUAGGGAGAGCUUCUUUGAUCAUUUUCAUCUUGGCCUUCACGAUUUUUGUCAGUGCAAUAUCACUAGGUGGUGUGGACAUAGCAGAUAUUAUCGAGGAGAUUGAGAAGCAUGAGUACAUGGGUUUUGAUAGUCUCUGCACCUCCUCCAGUUAAAAUAUUUUGAGAGUUUUUCAUGGUAGCUUCUGGUGUUUCUAGCUAUGUGGUGAUAUAAUUUUUUACAAACUGUAAUUUCAAUUUUAGAUUUAUUCUGCUCCUCGUAGAGAGCAGAGUUGGUUUGUGCUGUAAUAGCACAUGUUAUUUAUACUCUCUUAUAACAGCAAUCCAUCUGUUUGUUGACAAAUUAAAUUAAAGUGUAAAAAAAUAAUAAUUUAAUGAGUAAUAUUUUGUUUGCUU